AUAAACUGGGAAGCAUUUUUUACGGCUUCACUGCCAAUCUGCAGUUCAUAAAAGUCAGAGAUCAACUUCACUUUUCUGCUCUGAGAGGAGAAACAAUGCAGCCAGUGUAGGGUUACAUUUUUCAUGGAGGCGUUGUAAGCCUAUGAAUUCACGGGAUAAUCUCCAGAGAUCUUUAUUAUCUUCUGGAGAGGGAGAGAGGGGGCGUGCAUUCCGCGGAGAAGUGUCCGCUCUAAGAGGCGCUGGAGGCGGGGAGGAGAGCAGCGCAGUCCGCGGUGGAUGACUGAAGGGGGGCAUGGAGAUGUUGCGACGCUCUUCUGUGUUUGCCGCUGAAGUUUUUGACCGCUCUCCCACCGACAAGGAGCUAGUAUCCCAGGCCAAAGCGCUGUGCAGGGACUACAUUCAUUCCAGGCUGAACCGAGCUGGGAUAGGAUGGUCUAAACCUGAGCAUGGACUGGCUAAUUCAGGUGGAGCGCUGGGGGAGAUCUCGUCGGUUCUGCUGUGGCUGGGUGAUGAGUUGGAAUAUCUUCGACCCAACGUGUAUCGAAAUGUCGCAAGACAGCUCAACAUCACAGUGGCGUCAGAGAGUGUUGUGUCGGAUGCAUUUCUUGCUGUAGCUGCGGACAUUUUCUCCACAGGUGUGACAUGGGGAAAGGUGGUGUCUCUGUACGCAGUGGCGGGAGCCCUGGCUGUCGAUUGUGUUCGACAUGGUCAUCCAGCGAUGGUCCACACCAUCGUUGACUGUUUGGGGGAGUUUGUUCGUAAGAGCCUGACCUCCUGGUUAAAGAGGAGAGGGGGAUGGGUGGAUGUGACAAAGUGCGUGGUGAAUACUGACCCCAGUUUCCGCUCUCACUGGCUGGUGUCGGCCCUCUGCACCUUUGGACACUAUGUGAAGGCCGUUGUGUUGUACCUGCUCAGAGAGAAGUGAAUUCUGAGCAGACUGACAUUUAACCUAACACCACACCUCCACCUCCAUCACUUCUCUGAAGCAUCCUGUGCUUUGGAUCAUGUUUACACUUGUUUGCACUGAGCCGUUAUCGAUGAACACUCGCCCUGCACAGACUUCUGCCUCCUAUCCUAGAUUUUCUAUUUAUUGUGUAUAGCAUUAUUGAGUCACAUGUUUGCUGUGGCUGUAUCUUGUGUUUUUCACAUACUGUUUUUUCUUUUCGUCUUUUAAUUGUGCCUCAAACAGGACAGAAACAACAGUGCUGACUGUUAUGAAUGUUGUGGCUGCCCCUAGUGGAUGAAAAGGUAACUAUGGUGUACUUCAAUGAGAUCCUGAGGCCAUUUGUGACAAAGUGGUGCUUCACAUCUCAUCUGAAUUGCACUAAUUGUCCAACAAGCCAGUACGUGUUGAAUAUAUAUGCAAAUUUCUGCAUAUUUUUGUCUUACUGUGCAACAAUAAGAGUAGGGUGCAGGGAAAAGAAAUGUUUUGUGAAAGUUUUUUUUCCUUUUCCCACUCCAGAUUUGUUUUUUUAAUGCAGCAAAAAUAACUUGUAAGAAGGUCCAAAUAGAGAGAAUUGAUUGUUUUGAUGUGCAAGAAUCAGAGGAAACUUUCAACCAUUGUAAAGUUGGGUGUGGAGCAUAAGUUGCAACAUCAACAACCAGGCUUCAGAAGAGUAUGGGGUUUUGAGGAAAUUCCUUUUAAUAAGCCGUUAAGUCACUCUCAGAAAUUGCUGAUCAAAGUAGAAACUGGCUUUGGAUGAAGAGGAAGGAGUCGAACUGGGCUGCAAAAGGUCCAACAUGAGGGGUGAAAGCAGAGAGGGGCACACCAGGGAUGCUAGGUGUUGAUGUUGAGCCCUCUGGAGGCGCCGUGGGCCUAUUAAUGAAACACCACUGGAUGAGGGGGCCCACUUUAUGACCUGAUGGAAGUGAUUACCCUUCCCCCACUUAAGAUACAAGAUCAUUUUUAAGACUGGCUCACACUACAUUAUUGUUUUUUUCUGUUACAAUAGUCACUGUGCCAGAUUAGGUGAUCACAAACCUUUCCUCAUAGUUCCGCCUCACUGCAACAAGUUCAUCACUCUUGUUUUGCUUUGUUUACAUUUGUGGCAGCUGCAUGUGCAGAGCGCUCUGCGUCCUCAUUGGUAAACAUCACUGAUGUCAUGGAACAAGUCGUAGAGGGCAGGACAAAUAUCUAUGCUAGACUUUCUGUUGGAAGAUUGGAUCAGCUGUGAGGUCUUAAAUGUGUCUUUGUUUGUUGUUCACACUACAUGAGAUGAAACAACAGAAUAACCAAACCCCUUGGACUGAUGGAUUUCUGGCAUGUUUAAUAUUUUUAAAUAAGGCCAAAUAGGAGUACAAGCAAACAAUCAAACUUCUUAAGGUGCAUGACUGAAAAAGACUUACAGGAAUACUGAAGGGACAACACUCGAAAACGUCCUUUCAUGUUCUUUUUACUCAGAGUUUGGUGGUACACAAAACAGAGCAAGCGUAUUCACAACACUAAAGAAGACUGCUUGUCAAAACGUGUUUGUUGUGUUUUGUGUACAACUUGACCCAGAAUUAAAAGAACUUGAAAGGACAUUCUCGAGUGCUGACUCUUCAGUUUUCAUGUUUAAUAUUUUGGCCAUAUGACUACACACAUUCACACUGUUUCUCCAACUUUGGGGCAUUUUUUCCAGGGGUGGAAAAUAACAAAUUACAUUUACUCAAAUUACUGUAACUGUACUGUACUGUGAUUUAAAAUCUGGGUGAUAUGUGGGUGGAGUUUCCUAUCAUGGCUUUAGGCAGAGUGUUUAGUUGUGUUUGGAUGUUGCCUGUUGUACAGUGACCCUUGUUGGGGUUCUUUUGCUCAUAUUUCAAGCAGAUUGUUGGGGGGGGGGGGUUUGAUGAGAGACACAUUUGCACCAUGAGUGAAGUUAUCAACUGAGUUAGUGUUCCAGCAUGUGCUUUUAGAUGCUAAAGGACUCAUAGCACAUAUUUUUCACCAGUAUGCAUUGCCUUGCUAUGAGGUUGACUCUCUGCUUUGCAGAGGAGACCCAACUCACCACAGAUUUUCGAGAUUUACUGCAACUCUGUUGUAUAGUAAAAUAUUUAACACUUUAAAAGUGCAAUUUAACUUUAUGUAGUGUGGACCCAUAAUGACCCUUUAAUUGUUGAAUUUAACUUUAUUUAAGUUAAAUUAACAGUGUCAAUUUUGCUGUGUUUUUACUUUAUUAUAGAGGUGAGUUUGCCUGAACCUGGUUAGAAAUCUGUUAUGUUGUUCUUGCCAAUAAGGAAAAAUCAUAUCUUGCUUUACAACUCCUCAUAAGCUACUCAGUACUCAGUACUCAAAGUAAACUUUUCAUUAAAUACUUUUUACUUUUACUUGAGUAGAUUUAUAGAGCAGUAAUUUUACUAUUACAUUGUUACAAUUUAACCAGAGCAACUGCCAUUUUACUUGAGUACAAUAGUCAUUUACUUUUUCCACCUUUGAUUUUUUCCUUUGUAAACUGUUGGAUAGCGUCUUAAAUCACCGAGAAAACAGAUGGAAUGCUUCUUUGUUUUGUUUUCCUUAUAAGAAAGGAAAUAAACAAGCAGGGAAAAGGCCUAACUUUAGACCUCCAGCUGAUAUUUGUUAUCAUUUAGCUGUUAGUUGUGCUUGCCCACUUAUCUGUGUGAGAGUCAUUGACUGUUUAAAGGUUCAACAGCUGUGAGCAAGGUUUUCAGAAAUUAAUCUUAAUUUUUUCUUUGUUCAUUUAAGGCAUUUAGAAUGGUUUAGCCAUCCUCUAGGAAAAUACUGAUGUUGAUGACAUGUAGAUAUCAAGAGAAGUGAUAAAGGCUAUCAGAGUCCAGUCAUUCUCUUUUAUGCAUGGAUUAAUUUGUACACUCUUAUGAACCACUUUAGAUACCAAAAUAGUUUGAACAAGAGGAAAACAUCUAAAACUGGAAUUGUAUCCACGAUCACAUGCCCCCAAAGACCGCAAGCUUAAGUCAUAAAAACUUAACUGUUAUCUAAUGAUACCCUUUGGGUUUUAAUAUUUCCUUUUGCAUGCUCUUAGUCUUCUUUCUGACCUUUUUCCUGCAUUCUACUUAUGCAACAAGCAGAAAGCUGCUGACACCAAAAAUUUGUGCCAUGCCUAAAGACUGUGCCCUAUAUGUAGCUAAAAGUUAAACAACAGAGAAGUACUAAACAUGUCAUUAAAAGCCAAUCUGUAACAUUUAAUUUUGUCACCAAUUUAAUCUACCAGUCAGUGAUGUAUGAAAAACAUUUUAAAGGUUUCAAUAACCUUUGAAAUUCUUGACAAACCUGGCACACUGUCUGUAAUGUCGCAUUUCAUCAACUUAAGUUAUAGAUAGGGAAGUUGUCUGGGCUUUUUACAUAUUACAUAAUAUUUGGGUUAAGGCUUUGCUUUUUUUAAGCCAGCUGAUUUCACAUAAACACCAGAUACUGCCCUAAUGAAAGGAUAAAUGUUCAGUGAAGAGACCUAUGACCCCAACCAUGACCCUACUGACAGGAUGCUUAAUCUACCACAUGGCCCUUACAACCACUUCAGACUACCGCAUAUUGGAUGCUUUAUAGCUUGAUGCUUUCAAACUGCCUGCAUGAGUGCAGGGUCUCACACCAAGAUUUUGAAUAUACACAAGAUACUUGUGCCCUACAGAAAGGAUCAGCACUCAGUGAAGAAAUCCCUAACCCUGUACUUCUGUUUUUGCCUCCGCGAAUCAACCAUGCAGACCAAUGGGUACUAUUUUUACUAUUUUUCCACAAGCUGUGUACAUCACUUGUUUUUACUUUACAAUGUAGAAGACCAGUUUAACACUUCUGUAAAGAAACGCUCUUCUUUUGUAUGCUUGCAUCCAGAAUUUGUUCCAGUUCAGUUAUACAAAUAAUGGAGUCACUUGUAGGGAGAUUUAUCGAGGCUGUGAAGCAAGACAGGGCUGUGACAGAGCAAGCUGGAGCAGACACACACCACAGCUGUCACACAGCAAGCACGCACCCAGUCUGAAACAGCCAUUAGUUGCUGCAGCAUUGCCACAUUCAAUAAACUCAUGUUAUGUAUGUACAAAGCUCCAGGUAGUGACAAUGCUGCUACCCUGUGACAUGGCCCCUCACAGGCCCCAAACCGAACUAUGUAGACUAAUGUAGCCAGAACACAACUGGGAUUAUCAAAAGGUACCUUAUUUUGCUGGUGUUUCAUCCUAUUAAUCUGACAACAGCUCCAGGAAGGUAGAAAUGAACUCUUCUCCCCUCCAUGCUGGCUCUCACCACCCAUCACACCAACAUCAACACCUCCUUAUCUUACCCUUCCUACCACAUGGUGCUUACAUCCCAAACAGCAUUGCCCCCUUCAACAGACCCAGGCUCCGCACAUGUAAGCUCCAAGUGGUUACAAACUAUCUUCACUAGCCAGCUAGCCCCAAAUGCCCCCAGAAGCAAAAGCCACCAUUCCUGGUUUCAACAUUAACUAUUAUAAAGAACUGAAUCUCGGAAGAGAGUUUGACAGGAGACAGCUUCAAAAGAGGAUGUGGGAAUUAGAGGCAAGGUAAGAUGCACAAUCUGGCAUCACCGCCAGAUUGGGAUGUUGCUCUACCUCCCCAUACUCCCUCAUUUGCAUAAGUGGGAGAAGAAAGAACACCAAAACCCCUGUCAUACAGUCUGCAGUUGUCUGUUCACCCAACCUAAUGACUCUAACAUUCACGUACAGCACUAGCUAUUGAGUGCAAUUUUUCUUUCUCUUUUAUUGUUCCCUUUGAGAAACUGUAUUGAGGCAUGUAGCAUAUUUUCUCUAUGUUAAGGCACUUUGAUAACAUUUCACUUCAACAGUAAAUUUAUUCUAUUCAUGAUUUCUGUUUUUAUAACGUAGCAAAAAGAUUUGGUGAAAAUGAACUCAUGUCUGUGACUCGUCUGAGGCUGUAAA